AUGGCCUUUAAUUUUUUAGUUUCAAUUUUCACUUUACUCCCUCGAGCGAACAAAAAAAUUUUGUUCGCUCAUGAGGAGGGGUUAAUAUUUUUUUUUAAAUUUUAUAUAAAUUUUAUUUUCAAAAUUUUUAAUUUGUAAAAAUUGAGAAGUAAAGAUUGAUUUAAUUUGCAAAAUUUAUGAUUUAAUAUGCCUAUUUAAAAUUAAACGGAAUUAGCUAGAUAAUAAUUAUCACUUAUAUAUCAAUUUUUUUUCGUUAAAAAUUAUUGUUUGCUCACGGAGGUGGGUUUUUGAUCAAAAAAUAGGAAUUUUUCCAAUGGUUUUGUUAGCUCACAGAGGGGAGUUGGAUCUCAUAAGAAAUGCUCUUGGAAGUGCUGAAGAAUGCUAUUUUUUAACUUGCAGCUCUGAGCAGAAUCCUCAAAACUGCCUAGUUGUUUAUAAUCAAUCGCAAGUUAUUACUUUAAAUCCAUGUGGAUCGAAUAGCAUUUGCCCUGUGCAAAACAUCUCUCCAAAUUUGAAUCAUAUAGAUAGAUUCAUCAAUAAAACUUGUGUUCAUGAAUCCUCAAGCAUAUGCAAUUAUUUAGACAGAUCAAGAUUAACUGGACAAGACUGCUGCAAACAUACUGAUUGCCAAUCAGAGCAGUGUGGAAAAUCUGGGUGCAUAGGCAUCAAAGAAUCCCAACACUGCUCAAAGGACGAAGAGUGCGACACAAAUUUAUACUGCACUGAUUUAGGAUUUUGCUAUAAAUCGUAUUCCUCUGGCUCUAAUGGAUGUAAGCGUGACAAUGAAUGCGGAGCAGGGUAUGGGUGUAAUUUUGGGAAAUGUGUCCAAUAUUUUUCCUUAAGCGAUGGCAAGAAAACUGAAGAUAGCAAAUUUUGCAAAAGUAUGUUGAAAAUCGGAGAUAUUUGCGAUUCUUUAAGUUUAUAUCUACAAGAUGAAAUGUCUUAUUAUCCUUUCAAUUGUAGUAUUGGAGAUAAUUGUAUUUUUCUUGGAAACAGCAAUAAAAAUCCACUUUUUGCAAGCACUCCUUGUGAGUGCGAUGGAAAGAAUAAGGACACUGGGUACUGUGGGCAAUAUAUAAGAUACCUCAAAUGCAUCUCCAGUCUAAUUUCAAGCGCAUUGAAGUAUGACUCAUCAAAUUGCUCAAUCUCCCUACGUGAUAUUAAACAGAGUUAGAGAGUGAUCGCUAUUAAAAAGAUUCAUAAGAUAUCGCUAUAGAAUACGCUUAACCCGGAAUAUUUCCAAUGGCUUUGCUCAUGGAGGGGGAGUUAGGUAAAUUUUCGCACACAGAUGAUAUUGAUAUUCUAUUUUCAUGCGGAUCUAUAACAGAAGAGCAAUAUAAUUUAGUUAAAAAUAUUUACAAAGAAACAGAGAAUUGAUCAUUAUACCAAUCCCAACAGAUUAAUUAUUGCUCUAAGUCAUUGGGUUUAUUCGAUCCAGAUAUGAAUGUCCUCAAUAAAUCUAUUAAUCAAUGCAAAAAGAGCACUUCUUUAUCACUGUCAACAAAAACAACUGUGGCUAUUACAGUCACAUGCGUAGUUAUUCCCUCCAUAAUCAUAGGAGGAAUAAUAUUUUGACUUAUAAAACGACGAAGGAAUCGCCAUGGGCAUCACAUUAUCCCCCAAUCAUCUAGAAGCCAAUACCAAAUCCAAACAAGUAAAGCUGUGGAGUCAAAAUCUCAGAAACUUGAUUCGAUUCUUCCAUCACUCAUAUUUUCUGCUGAUUUGGCCAUCAAAGGCGAUCCUGUAUGCAGUAUAUGUUUAAAUGAAAUUGCUUAUAAUGAUGAGAUCAGAGUGACCCUCUGCUCUCAUCCAUUUCAUUCGAAUUGUCUUGAUGAAUGACUAAGGCAGAGAAAUUUCUCUGCACAGUGCCCAAACUGCAAUGAAAAUCUACUAUAA